AUGGCUGUUAGCCUCUGCAGCAAGGUUCCUGAUAUGGUUGAGUUCACUGGAGAGGAGCAGAUGGCCAUACAGAACAUAUUGAGACAGAAACUCGGUCAGUCUUUCAUCAGCCAGCGAUCAGGAGCGGGCGGCCAGCGGAUUGCAUACAUAGAAGGCUGGCGCCUCAUAUCUUUGGCCAAUGAAAUUUUUGGUUUUAAUGGAUGGAGUCACUCUGUUACUAAUCAAACUAUUGAUUUUGUUGACCAUUAUAAUGGCCGUUACUACGUGGGAGUAAGUGCCCGUGUACGUGUACAGUUAAAAGAUGGUGUUUUCCAUGAAGACAUUGGCUAUGGAGUCUCAGAGGGAAUGAAGAGUAAAGCAUUGUCAAUUGAGAAGGCAAGAAAGGAAGCAGUUACAGAUGGGAUGAAGCGUGCUCUUAAAAGUUUUGGCAAUGCCCUGGGUAACUGCCUGAGCAACAAGGACUACCUACGCUUCAUUGGUAAAGCUCCUGCUGCCCCUGUGCCUGGGAUCACUGCUGGGGAGUUAUUACACCAGGAGACUGCAACAGGCUUAGAGCAGAUUCGAAGGAGAGCCUUAGAAGAGGGCCGUUUUGGGAUUCAGAAUACAAGAAAGGAUCAGGGAGCCAUUGCUUCUCAUUCAGCAGAUUCCAGCAAAGCAGAUGUGGCUGCUCCUCCUUCAGCCAAAGCAUCAUACCAAGAAAAACAUAAAGGAAAUGGUAAUGCAAGCAUGAUGAGCAGCACCAACAGUGCCAGUAAUAAUAAAGGAAAUCAAAACCUUGUAGGGAAGACAGAACAGGCAGACUCCUCAACAGCAAAGUGUGUAAUACAGAACAAUGUUUCUGAUCAGCAAGGAAAUGCCAUUUCACUCAUGAAUAAAACCAUGGUAGCAAUGAAAUAUCCAUCAGAUAAUGCUAGUUCAAACCAUCCCAUGAAAAUCUGCAUUCCCAUUAAAUCUGAGUCUCCAUCUGCAGCUAAUCUCAUCAACUCUACUAUUUUUGGUAAAAUUUCCUCUCCACAAAGUGGGAACUCAAUCAGUGAGAAACCGUUCAUCAAAACAGAACAGGUACAUCCAGAAGUGAAAAUGAUUGAGAGAAAAAAACAGAAUACCAAUGCACCUACAAAUGAACAAACAGAGGUGAAACCCAGUGUCAUGCCACCAUUGGAAGCACACAACACCCCUUACCCAGAACACACAGACAGGGUCAGCUCACCAAACUCCUUUGUGGGUUUUACCAAGGACAUGAUUGUCCAAUCACCAGCAAAGUCAGGUGAGAAUACUCUGCUCUCAGAUGAGGAAAAAAGAUUGGAAAGGAAAAGGAAACAGAAGGAAAAGCAGCAAGAAUUCAAAAGGAAAAUGAAAGGAAGCCAACAGUCCCUGGACACAUCAUCAGCCAAAGUGAAUGGAAGCAAUACAGUGCUGGACACCAACUUAUGGGAAGACAGUGAAGAUGUAGUGGGAGAAGAUGACCCAUCAUUUUGGUCUACAUUGAUGACUCAGCAGUUAACUGAAGCCCGCGAGGAAGAGAAGCGAACAGAAUGCUUUGCUCACUCACUUGGUCUUGCUCCAACCAAAACUAAGGAAAGAUAUGAGAAUCAGCAUGCUACUAUUGGGGUCGUAGGGAAGGCCUCAAGUUCUGCAUUAGACAGCCCUUUAGUGCCAAACUAUAAUCUGUACGGUCCCUUUAGACAGAGUGGACAAGCACCUUUUACUGCUAAGGCCUUAGCGAAAAAGCCAAUUUCAGCAGAUAUGAUUGGUAAAGGUCGAACUAAAAGUCCAGUGAGUUUUAUAGAUGUUAGGAAAGAAGUCACUUCUGUGAAUUAUGAAGUUGUCCAGAGUAAAACAGAGAAGGAUUUAAACUCGGUUUUUAAUGAUGGGGAGGAUCCAUCGGUAUGGCGUUCACCUCGAGUAAAUAAGGGAAAUACUCACAAAUAUGAAGACUUCAGAGUUCCUUUGGCUCGGAGUAACGGAUGCCCAGAUUCUAGACAGAACUCCGUUUUGAUAAACAAAAAAAGGAAGGUGGAAGGAGCAAUAUAAAUUUUAUACAGGAUUUUACAUUGGAGCUGAUAAAGCAUUUAUAGAAUCUGGAGUAUCCUUAGGUUCAUAGAAAAUAUUUUAAAAUGUUUUUCAUAUUUUAUACUGUGUUCAUCUAAAACAUUAGACGCAGUGUUUGGCUGUGGUAUGCAUUGGUGAGCUGUAAAAAUAGAAACAAAGAGGAAGCAUACUCUCAGGUAUAUUGUGCUGAUUCCUAACUACAAGUGUCUAAAUAAAUGAGUUUUCAAACAAAAUUUCUUGACUUUGUAUGAAUUUAGCAAUGCAUAAAGCAUAGUUUACAUUCAUUUAUGUAUUUUAACCGACAUAACCUGUUAAUGUAUGUUAUUUUUUAUUUGCACAGUUUAGGGAAUACCAGGUAAUAGUACAAAGGAUAUUCAUCUAAGGAAAACCCCAUAACAAAAACCUCCUCUUCAGUACCAUUGUGUAUAAUCUUUUGUAGUAUGCCGCCGGUCUUUUGUAUUUCUCUUUCUUUUUUUCUCCACAUUCUUUCUAAACUCUUUUUUUUAUAUCCAUUCUCUCUAUAAAAAAGAGAAAUACCAGAUACACAACAUAAUAUGAGUUGCUACGUAAAUUUU